AUGGGUGCUCUUGAUUAUCUUUCAAACUUUUGCACUGUCACCAGCACUAGGAAAAAAAGGAAACCAAUGCAGACGGUUGAGAUCAAAGUGAAAAUGGAUUGUGAUGGAUGUGAAAGAAGAGUCAAGAAUGCUGUCAAAAACAUGAAAGGAGUGAGAAGUGUGGAUGUGAACCGAAAGCAACACCGUGUAACAGUUAGCGGUUUUGUAGACCCGAAGAAGGUUCUAAAGAGAGUGAAGAGCACAGGAAAACGAGCUGAAUUGUGGCCAUAUAUAGCUUACAAUUUAGUGCAGCACCCUUAUGUAGCUCAAGCGUACGACAAAAAGGCUCCGUCUGGAUUUGUUCGUAAUGUCGCGCAAGCUGUCACUGCCCCGAAUUCAGAAGAGGAAAGAAUCACUUAUUUGUUCAGUGAUGAUAACACAAAUGCCUGUUCUAUUAUGUGAAAAGUAGGGUUGUACGCUUGUACGACAAAUUCGAUAAAUAAUACUGCCUCUUAUUUUUUAUAAAUGUCAUUUUGAUUUUAUCAACAAUUAACUAAAUAAAUGACGUUUGGGAUUUUUUGUACAUAAUUUUCAUUAUUAUU